UUAGUUUAACAGCUGACAGCCACUAACAGUUGAACUUCUGACAGGAGUCAAAGAGGCAAGUAUUUUAUAUUUUCCAUGUAGUUUUCAUUAAUCAUGUUCACUUUCAUAGGACACAGAAGACCAGAGAAAGCCUUUGGUAUAUGAUUAGGUGGUGUUUCCUGUUGUCCCUUGACUCACUCUAUUGUCAACAUUUCCUGUAACUCGGAGGACCAUUUAUGAUCCUGUCGACUUCCAAAUGGAUUUCCUCAUCUGCAAUAUACAAAGAUUUGCUGUGGUAAAGGAAUGCAUCUUCAGACUGAGUGGACUCUUUUGCAGCUUAAUAGCUUUUGUGUUUGAAGUAAGCCUUGCAAGCAACCGGUGCUGGCGCCUGUGGGAAUUUGACAAUGAGAUUGUGCACUUCGUGUGUUUUGGACUCUCAGAAGCUUAUUACCCUCAAGCACUUAACAUUUCUGGCUCUACGAUCCAGGUUCUGGCGCAUAGCCCUAUCAACUCUACAUGGACCAUUUCACCUGAAUUCCACUACGCACGGACACUGAUAACAUCGGCAAUUUUGUUGAAACCUGUAGUCCUAAUUUUCAAUGCAAUAGCCAUUAAGAUCGGCUACAUGAAAGAACCAUUUGUGAAUGUCCAGAUAUUUUUGUACAAGAUCUCUGCCUUCAUUUUGUGUAUUAGCAGCCUUUGCACAUUUGUUUCUGUGAGCUGGAACCAUGUUGUAGACCUGUAUGGCCAAACCACACUUGAUUUUCCACCUAACUUUCCAGUUAAGAAAGAUACUCUUACAAAGAAACAUUAUACUGCUACAUUCCCAAUAGGGGUCCUGACAGCUACCAUGUCACUCUUUGGUGUGAUUAUAUUCCUCUUUGAGAUGAACUCUUUGAGUCCACAGAGUGAAGUGGAGGCCCAGUGUGUUUCCAGACUCAUCAAUCAAAAGGCAUGAGAUGAGGGCUCUGGCAUCUGCCAGAAGAUUCCUUAAAUAAUUUGUCUGUAUGCACACAUUACUAAUGUACUCAUCAACUUAUUCCAAAUAAAACAUCAAUUUGGUUUCUCU